ACCUGUGCGCUGGAAUAGAAGGAAAAGCCAAGUCGUCUAGUGAACGUGUCUUUCUACCGGCAGCGUAACACUAUUUUUCAUUCGGCUCUUACAACAACUGACACUCAAAGAAGGCCUGGUCUUACUCAGAAAAUGGCCAAAAAGCGGAGCGAUAGGCGAGAGACAAAUGACUUGGUUUUGCCACAUGAGGAAGUGAACGCUAAGGCUACGGAUCCCAUAGCAUUGACCGAUAGACAUAAUGACACACUGGGCUCAACACGCAUGUCUAUCCUCCUCCUCCUUACUAUCUUCACCUGUUCAGCCUCAGUCAUGUACCUGGUCUACAGGAACUUCCCAGAGCUUUCAGAUGAUGAAAUGGAGAAAAUUAAAAUCCCUAAAGACAUGGAGGAUGCCAAAGCUUUGGGAACUGUGUUGUCUAAAUACAAAGACAUCUACUACAGCCAGGUUUUGGUGGCCUACUUUGCAACCUAUGUUUUCCUUCAGACCUUUGCGAUCCCCGGAUCCAUUUUCCUCAGCAUUCUGUCUGGAUAUCUCUACCCUUUCCCCCUGGCUCUUUUCUUAGUCUGCUUGUGUUCUGGUUUGGGUGCUUCCUGUUGCUACAUGCUGUCAUACUUGGUGGGUCGACCUGUGGUCUACAAAUACCUCACAGAAAAAGCCCAAAAGUGGUCACAGCAGGUGGACAAACACAGAGAUCAUUUGAUCAAUUAUAUCAUUUUCCUGAGAAUAACUCCCUUUCUUCCUAACUGGUUCAUCAACAUUACCUCACCUGUCAUCAACGUGCCCCUGGGAGUUUUCUUCAUUGGAACCUUUUUGGGUGUGGCACCACCAUCUUUUGUAGCUAUCAAUGCGGGUACCACACUGUACAAACUGACCACCGCCGGUGAGGCAGUGUCCUGGAACUCGCUUGCUGUGCUCGCCGUCCUAGCUGUGCUCUCCAUAGUUCCUGUCUGCUUCCAGAAAAAGUUGCAGCAGAAACUAGAGUAGACCACAAAAGACCUAAACACCUGCAACCCACCCCCCCAUCCACCGCACCUGCCGUAUUUUCACCUCAGGAACGUGCGGCUGUCGCUCAAGAUUUCUGUCACGGUCACAGUUGCUUGAAGUCCUGGUGGGUAGGUUCUCUCCCGCCAGUGACACCACAAACAAGCCUCGACCGAACGGUUUGCACAAAAGUGACUUGUUUCUGUUGUUCCUUAUUGAUAGUGAACUUAAGGGACAUGAGUGGAGGGAGCAUGAUGAACUAUGUUCUACAAGAAACUUUUCUCUCCCUCCAUGUCGCUACUUAAGAUAAUGUAUUAUUUUAUUUAAGAGUGACCUAAAGACACUACUUGGUAGGAUGUUAUGACUGGAUUCUAAUGUUCAACUUUUUCUUAAUGAUUUUUAAUAUGACUCCAAUUGGCCCCGUUUUAAUUGGUGAUAGUGUUCUGCUUGCUAAAAAUAACCACUUCACUGCAAAAUCCACCACAGUGGAAUCUCCCCCCCCUUGUGAAUGACAUCAACAUUCUAUUUGUAGCAGCAAAACGGUCACUCUGUGUCAUGUCCCGGUAUUUUCUCCCCCUUUCUGUCUCUAAAAGAGCAAUAACUCCCACAGUGUCACCUCUGUCUUGAAAAGGAAGUUUAGUUUUUAAGGGUCAUAUCAAGUGCUUGCCUUAUCAAUGAAAAGUACAAGGCGGGGGGGGGGGGGGGGGGGGGAUUCAAAAGUACGGGACAGUACAGUAAAAACGUGAGCAUGAUACAAUAGAAAACUGCAUUUUUUUGUUUAUGAGUUCUACCUCUAAAUGUUUUCGGAUCCUCUACCAUGUAUUUAUUUUAACCCCCACCCCUUCCUCUGCUUUUUGGACACACUGUCAAUACGGGAAAAACAUCUUGAGCAAUUUGAAUCUGGAAGAUUGUAUGUACUGUGAAUUAAUUGCAAUGCUCCAGCCUAGUGCCAAUCUGAUUAUCCAGGCCUUGGUGCAAAAAGACUAGUGUUUUGGGAAGGCUUGGAAUUAAAAUUCAUUUUUUAAGAGGUGUUUUUUUUUUUUUUUUUCCCUUAUGAAUUGUAAAAAGUGACAUCAAUGAAGUAAAUACAUGCAGAGAACAGUUUUAUCUUAUAACAAAAGUUUUUUCUUCCGACUUUAUAGCAUUGAUAAAAUUUUUAUUUGAUUCCUUUUGGCCAAUGAAAUGUCUUAAUACAAUAUUGAUUUCUGCUAACUACUGUAUGUAUAACCUUCCCGAAACUGGAUUUUGAAUGAUUUGUCAAAGACAAGUAAAUAAACCACCUGUUGUGUGUAAAUGUGCUCAUGCACGUUCUUAUCAGUACAAUUUUGUGAUUUGUUUCUUAAUGGCCAAGGAAACUAUUUUAUACAGGGUAUCCAAGUGAUAAAUGUCUUAAAUAAAUUAUGCCUCAAUCUGGUAACAUUGGCAUAUUUUCCUGUCAUUUUUUUAGUCUUAUCUAUUUCAAAGUGUGUAUUGCCAGCAGUACAAGGAUUAUUAUUUUUUAAUAGAGUGCCAUUUGGACAUAGCAGUGGACACUACCAGAAGGGACAUUUUGUGCUAAAAU